GUGUGUACUGUAUAUGCUUCUCUCCGAGAAACUCAUUCAUUCAGGAGAAAGUCCACAGACUGCAGAACUCUUCUCCUCCAGUGUUCAGGUUCUGGUCACCUCUGGACCUCCUCUGGUUUCCUCUGGACUGGUCUCCUCUGGACCUCCUCUGGUCUCCUCUGGACUGGUCUCUUCUGAACCUCGUCUGGUCUCCUCUGGGCUGGUCACCUCUUGACCUCCUCUGGGCUGGUCUCCUCUGGACCUCCUCUGGUCUCCCCUGGUUCUGGUCUCCUCUGGACCUCCUAUUGUUCGGGUCCCUCUUUUUGUUUCUGGACCCUCAUCUCCACUAAGCAGUCUUAGUCCCAGCAGCCGUGGUGUGUUGGAGGCGCGAUGGGAGCGUUCGUGGCGAAGCUCCUGUUGCCCACGGUCAGCAGUCUGGUGCUGCUCCCCGUGGCCAGUGUGGCCACCAAGAGGGGCUUCCACUCAGAAGCCCUGGUCUACUUCUUCACCAUGUUCUUCACCAUGAUCCUGCAUGUGUGUGAGGGUCCGGGUCUGUCCAUCCUGUGUUUCAUGAGACAUGAGGUUCUGGAGUACUUCACCACCUACGGCACCGCUCUGUCCAUGUGGGUCACACUCAUCGCUCUAGGAGACUUUGACGAGCCGCGGCGUUCCAGCAUCACCAUGUUUGGAGUGUUGACAAUCGCUGUGAGAACCUACCAGGAUCGCUAUGGUUACGGGGUCUACUCUGGACCAAUAGGAUCUGCUGUCUUCAUCAUCACUGUGACAUGGCUGCAGAAGAUGAAGGAGAUCCGAGGGGUGUACCCGGACAAGAGGGUGUACACCCAGCAGGUGGGCCCUGGGUGCUGCUUCGGCGCGCUUGCCCUCAUGCUCCGCUUCUACUUUCAGGAGUGGGACUACUCGUACGUCCACAGUUUCUAUCAUCUAUCUCUGGCCGUGUCUCUUGUCCUGCUCCUGCCUAAGAAGAACCGCUACGCAGGGACAGGCCGCGGCGCCGCUAAGCUUGGGUGCCUCACCCUCUGCUGCUGCACUAUCUCCCCCGGGUCCACCAAGGACAAGAAGAACAAGAAGGACCCACUGAAGAAGGAGGAGAAGACGACCAAGACGGAAAAGACAGAGAAGGAGAAAAAGGAGAAGAAAGAAAGGAGCAUAUGGACCAUCCCCACAGAGAAGCUGUGGGGCCAGCCCUGCAAGACCCACAUCCUGCCCCUCUUCCAUAACCCCUCCAAGACUCUCCUCCCCUCCUCCACACUCCUCCAACUGCCCUCCAACCCCCUUAAGGGCAAUAACAUCUCUAAGCUCAAGGAGAUGAACGGCUGGAAGUGACCUCCAGGGUGUGGUUACCAGGGUGAACCCCAGGAGCCCACAGUCGGGCCAGAACUCAGAUGGAGGACAGAGCGGUCAGAACGGAUGUCUCUCAGUGGUUACGGACCAAUCUAUCUGCACUAGAAACUUUGAGGGGGAUAGUCUAGUAGUAAGGUGUUUGUCUCCAGGCGAUAAGGUUCUAACUAGGUACGAUCCCCGUAGACUGCAGUCUACCUGUAGGCAUCCUUGUUCAAGGCAACCCCUCACCCCUAGCUAUGAUUUAGGUUUAGGUUAAGGACAUUUAGCAGACGCUUUUAUCCAAAGUGACUUUCAACGGUUCUGAUGGUGAAGUCAACCACACGAGGCGACAGCCAGCACGUCAGGAGAAGUCAGGGUGAGGCGCCUUACUCAGCGACACCGCGACACUCUGCAAGGAGGUGCCAGGGAUCUAACUAGCAACCUGCCAGUUACAAGCCUUCCAGUUACAAGCCAACCUACUAUACCUCCUUAGCUAAGCAUACCCAGCAAACCCCGCUAUGACAUUUUUAAUGACAUGUAUGUAUCUGCUAAACAGCUAAAUGCUGACUGCUAAACUGCAGUAGAAUCCUGUAGUGACACACCUUGUCCAGCGAGCGCCCUGCUUUUGUUCUAGGGGGUUAGCAGGCAGAUGGGGGCUUUACCCUCAAGAAGAGGUGUCAUGGUAGCCCGCCCAUGCAUGGACACAGCAUGGCAGAUCGCUAGCGGACGGAGAGGCAGACGGAGCUGUAAAAACCCAGUGGAACAUUAGUGAGCAGCAGCUGGUUUAUCUCUCCAAAAUAUAUAAAUUGUCUUUUGAAAUGUUUCCCGGGAGACACUCUUCGUCUGGACUCCUUUUCCUCUGCAUCCUCUUCCUCUCCCUCCUUCUCUCUGUCCAUCAUUCUCUUCCUCCCUCUCUCUGUCUGACUCUCUCUUUCCCUCUAUCGCUCCCUCUUUCCUUUCCCUCUCUCUGGCCGUCUGACUCUCUGCUUCUCUCCUUCCUUCCAUCCCUCUCUUAUCUUCCCUCUCUAUCCUCUCUCCAUCUCUUUCUCUCCUCUAUCUUGUCUCUUUCGAACUCUUCGGUUUAGAUUCAGACUGACUGUGGUAAUACAUGAGUACUACAUUACUGUGCAGUAUUACGUUACUGUAGUAUUACAUGACUGUAUGAAUGUAGUUGUAUAUCUCUGGUAUUAUAUUUUUUGGGAUUUUCAUUGCUAUUACUUAUACUGUGUAUAUGGAUAUCUUUUCUUUAUGUUGUUUCGUUUUUUUCUUCUUAAAAAAGAAAUGUGUGCAUCUCUUUUUAAUUCCUAUUGCAGUUUUAUCACUGUUACACCCCAAUUUCCAAUCUGGGAAUAAU